UUUUGUUAUUUUUGUUAUUUCUUUCUAUUUUUUCUUUGUUUUAUUGUAUUAUUAGAUAUAUGAACAACAAGACUUAUUAAGCUUAUCUUUGUAGGUUAUCACUGGUAGGAUACAAGAUACUAUAAAGGGAUAGCAAAUUUUUUACAGAGCAACAUUAAAAACGUUUUUAACUGAAGAUUUUUAGUAAUAUUUGAAAUACACCAGAGAAAAUGUCAAUGCAAAAGGGUUUGUCAAAUGAAAACUUGCUAAGAUUAGAGAAGUUUGAGCAUGAUGCUGAAGCCUCGAUUCCUUUUCUUGUUAGUGAUGAAAAAUCAUCGAGUCUAAAAGACGCAAAAUUACUUCCUUACCUAGCUGGUUUGAAACCGUCGCCUACUGUUAACAAAUUCGAAAUCAUCGAUACUAAGAAAAAUAUUGGUGAAAAGACCAAAGAUGUGUCGAAAGGAACUGUAAAGCCAUGGGUACAUUUUGUUGCUGGUGGCGUUGGUGGUAUGACAGGAGCUGUUUUUACUUGUCCAUUUGAUGUUGUGAAGACGAGAUUGCAAUCGGACGUUUACAAGAACAUUUACAAAAGUUCAAGUUCACUUCAUAGCUCGAAUCCAGUCCUUAGUGCAGGAGCACAUUUAAAAGACACUUUUAGUAUCAUCAAUAAUCUUUACAGAUUAGAAGGUUUCAGAUCUUUGUUUAAAGGGUUGGGUCCAAAUUUGGUGGGUGUAAUUCCUGCAAGAUCUAUAAAUUUCUUUACCUACGGUCUUACAAAAGAUUUUAUUAAAACAAAUUUCAAUAACAGUCAAGAAGCAACAUGGAUCCAUUUAUUGUCUGCUGCUAAUGCUGGUAUUUGGACUUCAACUUUAACCAAUCCAAUUUGGUUGAUUAAAACACGAUUACAAUUGGAUCAAAAAAGCUCAUCUCUCCAAAGAGAAUAUAGAAACUCCUAUGAUUGCUUCAGAAAAGUCAUGAAAUUGGAAGGUAUCAAAGGUCUUUAUAAAGGUCUUAGUGCCUCCUAUUUAGGUUCCGUUGAGGGAAUAUUACAAUGGGUUCUUUAUGAACAAAUGAAAUUGAUAAUUUCAAAAAAUUCAAAAAAUUCAAAUUCAUUAAAUAAUCCCAAUUAUGAAAAAUCCAAUUGGGACUCAGUUGUCGAAUGGGGUAAAAGAUCUGGUUCUGCAGGUUUUGCCAAAUUUAUUGCUUCUUUGAUAACAUAUCCUCAUGAAGUUAUCAGAACAAGAUUAAGACAAGCUCCUAUGGAAAAUGGUUCACCAAAAUAUACUGGAAUUGUUCAAUGUUUCAGACUAGUUGUCAAAGAAGAAGGUUUUGUAAGUAUGUAUGGUGGUUUAACUCCUCAUUUAUUAAGAACUGUUCCCAAUAGUAUUAUUAUGUUUGGUACAUGGGAAGUUGUCACCAAGCUUUUAUCUAAAUUUUAAUCUUUAGAUUUCCAGGUCUCCUUUCCAAUAUCUAUCAAGUCAUUUCAAAUUUCAUCUCUAUAUCCACACUUAAGUAUUAUGUGUUAAUUUGAUCAUGUAAAUAAAUC